ACUUCCAGGCCACCCUGGAGGAGGUUCUGCCCGACCUGCAACGCGACGGCGUCCGGGUCUUCUACCUGAGCUCCACCUCCCCCACCCCGGGGGGGGAGCCUCUUCUCCCCGCCAUCCAGGAGGCCUCUGACCAACCCUUGCCCACCCACCACCGUCCCACCCCCACCCAAGACUCCAAGGCCCUCUACAUCUUCACCUCUGGGACCACGGGGCUUCCCAAGGCCGCGGUGAUCACGGAGCUGAAGCUGCUGAUGGUGGCCAGUCUGGGGAGGCUCUGUGGGCUCCGGCCCGACGACGUGGUCUACACCACCCUGCCCCUCUACCACUCGGCCGGGCUCCUCAUCGGGCUGGGGGGGUGUCUGGAUGACCGGCAGCACCAGGUCCGUUUGGCCCUGGGCAACGGGCUCCGCGCCGAGGUCUGGCGGGAGUUCCUGCGGCGCUUCGGGCCCGUGACCAUCCGGGAGUUCUACGGGGCCACCGAGGGCAACGCCGGGUUCGUCAACUACACCGGGCAGAUCGGGGCGGUGGGAAGGGACAACGUGUUCCUCAAGCCCUUCACCCCCUACGAGCUGAUCAAGUACAACGUCGAGGAGGACCAACCUGUCCGCGACGAACGAGGCCUCUGCAUCCGCGUCCGACCCGGUGAGACGGGGCUGUUGGUCAUCAAGAUCACCAAGAACACCCCGUUCCACGGCUACGCCGGGGACCCCCAGAAGACUGAGAAGAAGAUCCUGAGGGACGUCUUGGCCAAAGGUGACUCCUUCUUCAACAGUGGGGACCUCCUGAUGAUCGACCACCAACGAUUCAUCUACUUCCAGGACCGGGUCGGGGACACUUUCCGGUGGAAAGGUGAGAAUGUGGCCACCACGGAAGUGGAGGCCACCCUGGCCAUGGUGGAUUUCAUCCAGGAGGUCAAUGUCUACGGCGUCGCGGUGCCGGGUGAGAAGGGUCACACGUUCUGGGACCACCACGUGCUCCUCUAGUGGUCCAAGUCCUUCGAUGGGGAGAAGCUCUUCAGGUUCACCCAGGAGACCCUGCCCGGCUACGCCGCCCCCCGCUUCCUGCGCCUGCAGGAAGCUCUGGAGAUCACGGGAACCUUCAAGCAGUGCAAGAGCAACCUGGUCAAGGAGGGUUUCGACCCCAAGGUCAUCCAAGACCCCCUGUUCUUCCGCCAUGACACCAAGAGGUCCUACGUCCCCCUCAGCCCCGACAUCCACGCUGCCAUCUUGGACAUGAAACUCAACCUGUAG